AUGGCAUCUAACUCGCACCGUCGCCGGAAUGGCCGUCCGGCUGCUUGUGACCCAUGUAGAUCUCGAAAAGUCGCGUGUGAUCACACGCGACCAGUGUGCUUAAGAUGCCAGAGACGGGAGCAGAGCGCCCGGUGCGUCUAUUCACAGUCUACUCCUCGGCCUCUUGGCGUCCCAUCGCGGAACCCAUCACAGCCAGACACGCCGGUUUCAGCCCUGUCCUCCAUCUCGCACUAUCAACAGCAGUCGAUAGACAAUCCAACGAGGAUAGGCACUGGGUACCUGGGGGAAAUCAGCUACAACAGCGUCUUGAACGAAACAAUUGGCACGCUCUCGCUCGCCAGCGGGCCAACGCCGACUUAUGGUCGCCUGGACCGCUUGACGCGCCAGUUCGUCUCAUUUGAGAAGCUGCCGGCUCCUUUGAGAGAAAUGGCCAUUUAUGUGCUGCAGACCCUACCAGGACAGGCUAACGAGCAGAUGGUGUUCAAAGAUCCCUCGUUUGCGUCAACUGGGUUUAUGCAUAUCGCGGUGGACCGCAUCAUCGCGUCCAUCAACUCGCUAUUCGAAACCUUCGCCGCCGAGGACGAGGUAGUCACGCUGAAUUCUAUCGCAGAAAUUCUUUGUCAUAACACUGCGCAACCUUGGCGAGACGUCACUAGCAGUUCCAGUGAGUUUCUAGAUCAGUUCUGCGGUCCGAGUCUCAGGUGGGAAGCUCUCGGCAUUCUCUGGUUGCACAUGAACCGCGUGUCCGAUCCCGUCGACUCUCCGCUCACUCGACGAGUAGCCUGGAAGGACGGUAAGGAAUCCCAUGAAACUUGUCGGACUUCUGUGGACUACUGUAUCGAGAUAUCUCGGUAUCUCUGCGAUGGAAACGACGUGCUUGUUGAUAUCUGUCGCAGACAGUCGGCCUUGCAUACCGUCGUCGACGGCGACGGCACGUAUUGCUCUUCGCUCCUGCAUGGCCUCAACGUGACCAUGGCGACAUAUCUCGGCCUGCACGCCCAGCAGGGCUCGGCAGAUUACAAACCUUCGCUGUGCUCAGAGUAUAAGCGUCGCCUGUUCGCGCAAACAUUCAUCAGCGACAAGCUUUUUGUCUGUUUCACUGGGAGGCCGCCGCUGAUCAGCCGCCGGUUCUGCAAAACGCCGUUGCUCCUGGAUCUUUCGGAUGAGGAGCUGGCCGCAGAUCCCAUGGUGCUUGAACAGGCUGUCCGGGCUCUAGACGCCAAUGGAUGGAACACGAAGGGGCGGCUUUAUUCAUCGACACUCAUCCGGGCUCGCUAUCUAGGAUCUUUCAUCCGCGACGAGUUGAUUGAGAUUGCUCUUGGAGAUCCCAACCUUGUGACGAUUGAUCAGUUGUUGUCACUAGAAGCAAAACACUCGGCGUUCGACAAUCAACUGCCAGCGUGGUUUAAGUACUCACCACAGGAUCUCGAGCAGCCAGAUACGAUGAAUGAUCAACGCUUCGGGAAAAUACUUCUCAGAUUAGAGCACGUACAGAGCCUGUUUCUCAUUCAAAGGCUUCUUCUUCGGCACGGAUACCCGGACUCAGGGGACUUGCUAAUAACAAGCUUUGACAUGCUGGCCAUGACGCUCUGCUUGAACCAGAGAGAUCGGUCGGCUGGUCAACGUCAAAGGCAUGCUGGUUGGUUGUUCAUCUCAUAUGCGGUCCCCGCCGCUGGUGUUUUGUGCGUGGAACUCCUCCGUCCAACGUUCAAGCGCUCACAUCCCAAAGACGCACGUUUGACUCGCUCAAGCAUCAUUCAGAAGCUAAGCCUUGUCGUUGCUUUUCUGGACUGGAUGCGGCCCUCGGCCCCGAAUGGGACCCUGUGCGCUGAUUCCAAACUGAUUAUCCAGAGGGUGCUAGACGAGCACUUAAAUGCGCCUGAUGAGAGAGUCGGGGGAGAGAUGUUGGAGUCAGUGGAUUGGGGAUAUCCUAUGCAGCUGGACUUUAACUUUGACCUACUGGAUACUUUUGAUUGGCUUCGGCCUGGUGGUGAAGAAAUAUGA